GCCAUUCUUGAGUCUUCGCAUUUCAAGCAAGCUUUAAGCGCAAGUUGAAGCUUUGCGCCUUUGACAGCCGCUGGGAAAGCUCAAUGCGCAUCCUCUUACGGGCCGAUAGAGGCCAUAUAUUUACAGAGUAAUAGAUCAGGAAGUAAGACAUCUACAAAGAUUAACAAAACAUCGCAGCUGUGCUGCACGCCCACUGCCUUUUUCCUGAGCUGCGCGCCGACUGAGCGCACGCAACUCCGUCUCGGAGACGCGGCGGGAUGGACAAUGGAGUAGGCAUGACUGUGGCCUACAGUAGCGCUGCCUAGCCGCGCUUUGGCGCGAAGUUGACCAGCGAGGGAAAUGGAGAACCCGCCUGGACGCCAGGCUUCUGGCGCGGAUACGGCCCUUUCGAAUGCUGUCACGAGUGUUACGGUAUCACAGCAGGAGUCAGAGGGCCAGGCGUCGGAGCCGGCAGGCAGCACCGGCGAGCCAGCCAGCCCACGCGCGGCACGUAGCCAAGUUUCAACAGCGGUAUCAUUUGAAGGCGCGCGCGCGGCGGGCUCAACUGUGCAACCGGAGCGGAGCGUGGAUGAGGAUAGCGCCCUGUCGGCAGCGGAGCCCGAUGGUCCGGUUGGGUCAAACCGGCUGCAGCAGGGCCCGCGGCCUGCGAACAGCCUCAUCUCCGCCGUGCGCAACACCGCAGCCACCAACAACAGCGGCGGCGGCCGGCACGGCCAGGCGCUGGCGCAGGCUGGGCAGUCGCCGCAGCCGGGGCAAUUGCAACAGGCGCCGGGGCAGCACCCGCUGCCGCUGCUACAACAUCAGUCACAACAGCAGGCCCUGCAGCACCAGCAGCACCAGCAGCAGCUGAUGCUGCUUGGCAUGGGCGGCGGGGGUGCGGGGCCGUCGGCGGCCCUGGGCAACGCAGCCCUGCAUGCGCGAGGCGUGGCGGUCGGAGCCGACCAGUAUGCGUCCUCCCCGGAGGUCCAGAGGCGGCCCCACAGCAUCACUUCCCACGCGGCCGACACCCGCGGAGAUGGCCACGGGCACGCGGGGGGUCGGGGAGGCGGCGCGGCGGGCGGUGCGGCGCAGGCACCGGGGCACACGCCCCGCCAGCACCCUGCCAGGUCCAUUGUGCGUGGGACAACGCCCGCGUCUGUGCACGGGCAGCUUCAGGCGCCGGGCGGGCGCGGCGGGGCUUCCAUAGGACAGAAGACGCACCAGCACAGCUUGCAGUGGGCUGCUGGCACGCUGGGCGGGGGCCUGCCUGCCGCUGACGCCAUGGACCCCACGGCGGCUGCAGCGGCAGCAGCGCUGCUCGGGAACGGACUGGCGCCUCAUUUCAGCUUGGCGGCUCUGGGGCAGCUUCAAGGUCUGCAAGCGGCGGUGAGCCUGCAGCAGCAAGGCGCAGCAGCGGCAGCUGCAGCUGCUGCCGCGGCGGCAGCAGCGGUACUGGACGCAGGGGCGACGCUGGGACAGCAGGCGGGGUUGCCCGGCGGCAGCAUGCCACCUCGGGGCCUCCUGCCGCCACCGCAGUUUGCGCACCCGGCGGCUGUGCAGCAUUUGUCACAAGCCCUGGCACAGCAGCAGCAGCACGCUCACCAAAACGCGCAGCAGCAGCAGCAUGACCCGGAAAACGGGCGGCAGCCGCCCACGGCUGCUGUCUCCGCGACGGGCGGCAGCACUGGACCUGAGUGCAACCACAGGUCUGCCGCCGCGGCAAGCGGCAUCAGCCGCGGCGGCGGCGCGGGGCCGUCGGCUGGUCCCAACCGACAAAUGCCGGACCUCCCCAAUGACUGGCGACGGCUCCCGGCUGCAGCUCCUGGGUUAGGCCGGCCCGGGGCGUUUGACCUCCCGGCGGCUAUGCUUGCCAGCCACGGUUUCGGCGGUGCGGCAGGAAACACCGCAGCCCAGUCGCUGAGCCUGCAGGGCAUCCAGGGCUUGCAUGGGUUGCUGAUGGGGGCGUCGAUGACGGCCGCGGCAGCUGCCGCCGCAGCAGGCAUUGCGGACAGUGCUGCGGCAGGUGGAGGGGGCGGUCCGCAAGGUGGUUCGGCUGGGGCCCUGCAGGCGCUGGCGCAGCUCGAGCCCGGGCUUGAGGCGGCGCUACUGCCCAACGCCCAAGCUCACGUCCACGCGCAUGCGCACCUGCAGCUGCAGCUGAUGCAGCAGCACUCCUCCACGCACGCCGAAGGCGGCGCCGAGGUGGCAGGGACGUCAGCGCCGCCGCAAGGUCAUGGGAAUGGGAACGCGGCCGCGCCCGGACAGCAGCAGCAGCAACAACACGUCGUGCAGCGGCUGCAGGGGGAGGACCCAGCCGGCUCCAACGCCGCGCUGGCGGGCGCCGGCCAUCAGCCGGCGUCUGUCUGCGGCAACUUCGACCACGGCGGCGCAGCAGGCGACGCGGGUGCUGCCGGGGCAGCGGGGUGGGCAGCCGGCAGCCCCAACCACGCGGCCGCGGCGGGGCCGGGGGUGCCCGGGCAGAACGGCGCGGGGCCGUCGCACGCGCAGCAGCUGCACAUGUUCCUCCCAGGGCUGCUGCCGAUCGAGCUUAUGAACGCGCAGAUGGCGCUGACGCAGGCCGCCGUGGCAGCGGUGGUCGGCGGCCUGCCUGCUGCGGCGCAGGUGCCGGGGCACGCUCCCCAGCCCAUGGCCGUUGACGGCCCUGCCGCUAGCCCCGGGCGGCACACGGGUGGCCUGCAAGCAGACCGUGAGGCGCAUGGGAAUUGCGCGGGCGCCGCGCCAGCUGCAUCGGCGCACGCCUCACAGGAGGCGCAGCAGCACGUGUCGCCGCCCCAGCCCCAGCAGUCAGAGCAUGAGUCCGCGCACCCGCUGGGAGCCGCCGUGUCCGUCGGCCCGGGCGGCGCCGGCCGGAAACUGCACUACCACCCCACUGCCGCCGCCGUGUCUGUCGCGCAAGGUGGCAACGGAUGCGGGGCUGCAGCAGGCGGCGGCGGAGCCGAUGCUGCCGUCAGCUCGGGUGGAGCCGCAGGCGAUGCACCGCAGGCGUCGAAGCUGGCCGGCGGGAGCAGGGGCGCGGCAGACGCUGGCGUGGCAUCCGGCAGGGGCGGAAGUGCCGCCGGCGGAGAGGCCAUGGAGGUGGACGGGGCACCGGCAGGGACGCAGCAUAGCGCCGGCAGCAACCACGCGCGCAGCGGAGCUGCUGCUGGUGCGGCAAGAGCUGAUGUGGCUGAUGAGGGCAGCCCGGCGGCACGUGUGCACGCGGGCAUGGCGGCCGCACCCGCGGCAUCCGCGGCCGACACGCCCACGGGCUCCGUUGCGCCAGUGAACGGGCCGGAUGACGGAGGUGGUGGAGGCGGAGGCGGGCAUGGCGGCAAUGGCGGAGGCCCGGGCGGCGGUGGCGGCGAUGCUGGCCAUCACCACCACCACCACCACCACCACCACCACGCGCCGCACCACCAUCACCACCACCACGGCAACGCCUCGGGUGGUCCUGGCGGCGUGCUAGCAGGAGCAAACGGCGCUGCGGGCGCCUUAGCAGGCGCGGCUGGCGGCGCAGCAGGCGGUGUUGGCAACGUGGCGCAGAACGGCGGCGGCGGCGCCAACACGCACCACGGCCACAGCAACUAUGGGGCCGGGCCAUCCAUGACGCACACUGCCGACUACCGCUCGCAUCUGCAGGUCGCGCUGAGCCUGCUGCUGCAGGCGACCUCAGCAGCCUACAACAGCCAGCGCCAGAGCGGCAUCGCAGGAGCAAAUGAAGGCUCCGGCAUUUUCGCCGCGGCCGGCGGCGGCCAGCAGGCCUCAGCGAGCAACGCGGGAGGCGGCGCCGGCGGUCCAGCAUUGAGCGAUGGCGGCGUGGGCAGUGCCGGCGGUGCUGCUGGGGUGGGCCUGAGCGGCGCUGCGGGGGCGGCGGCCGGCGCAGGGGCGGCUGGUGACGGCGGCGCCGGUGCGGCCGGUGUGGCAAGCAGCGCUGGCGGCAGCGGCGCAGGCCCUGGGCUGCUGUUUGCGGGGGCAGGCCACGGCGCGGUCGCGGGGGACGCCGGCGGCGCUUCGAGCACGGGAGCUCCUGUGGGCAGCACAGGUGGGCACCAGGUGCAGGCCGUGGCUACCAUGAGCGCAGCGGCGGCGGCGGCCGCUGCGGCCGCGGCAGCGGCGCAGUCCAUGCGGGGCGGGGCGGCAGGGGCGGCGGCUGCGGUGACGGCUGAGCCCAUGGAUACGGAGGGCCAGGUGGUGGAGCAGGCGCUGCCGGGGCCUGGAAGGCCCAACCGCGACCGCAUGGAGGUCAGCCCGGAGGCGCCGCAGCUGUCGCGACAGGGCGCCGCCACCAGCGCUGCAGCCGGGCCCGGCGCCGCCGGCCAGGGCGGGGCAGCCGGAGGCGGCGGCCACGAGGGCAGCCCCGCAGCGUACCAGGCGCCGCAGUGGUCGACCCAGGGCGGCGGCGGCGGCGGCGGCGGUGGCGGCGGCGGUGGCGGCGGCGGUGGUGGAGGUAGGGCCAGCGGUGGCCGGGGCGGCGAGACGGCAGGCGCUGGCCCGGCGCGCUCCGUCAUGCACGGUAGCAGCGGCGCGGUCGCUGGUCGCGGCGGUGGCGGCGGCAACCACCAUGCCGGUGCGGCUGGGCACGGCGGCGGUCACCCAGGGCCGCACCACAUGCAGCAAGCGGGCCACCACGGGCACGGCCACAUGCCGCCGCACGGCCACGGCUACAACCACGCCACCAGCCUCGGCGGCGGCGGCGCCAGCGGCAACGGCGCGGCGGGCGGGGCACUCGGCCCCGCCGCCGACGGCGCCGACGGCAGCCCGGGUGUGGCCCAGCUGGCCGGCGGCGGCGCUGUGAUGCUGCUCGCUGGGGGCGGCGCCGUGGCGGGCGCGAGCGUGGGCAGUGCCGGUGGCGAGCAGGCUGACAACAAUUCGGCCCUGGCGCAGGACGCGGAUGCCGGCCAUCCCGCGGCGUCGGUGCACGCGACCGUGAUUGCUGAAGAGAGCGACGGGUCGGAGGGCGGCGAGGAGGACAGCGGGUCUAUGGAGGUGGCCGCAACGCGUGGCGGGGGUGGCGGCGCCAGUGGCGGCGGCGCCGCGGUCAUGGGCGGUGCCAGCGGCGGCAAUGCUGGCGGCGGUGCCGCCGCUGCCGGUGGAGCUGGUGGAGGUGGCGGCGGCGUGGGUGCGGUUGCCAGCAGUAAGGCCGCCGCCGUGGCAACGGGUGCGGUCGGCAUGGGCGAGAUAGUCAGCCAGCGCUUUGAUGGUACUAGGUCCCGCUCGCGCGAGGGCCAGGCCUCCAAGCAGCAGCUGCUGGCGCCGCAGCACCAGCUGCCGCCCGCCGGCGCGGGCGCGGGCCGGGCGGGCAGCCACCAUGCCGAGGCGCGCAGCCCGCAGCGGCACAACGCCGCCCCAGACCCGCGCGACUCCUCCAUGGGCAUGGCCGCCGGCCCCUCCCAUGACCGCACCGACAGCGGCAGCAACGGCGGCACUACCUCGGACACGGUGGACAUGGCCGAGGAUAGCCGCAUGGGCUCCGCCUCCGAGCACGCCGGCUCCGGAAUGGGCAUGGCGGGCGCCGACGCGCGCGACCUGAUGCUCACGGACGAGAACCUGCUGCCCAACGACGACCGCCAGGAACGCGGCGGCGACAACGGCGGCGCGGUGGGCAGCCACGGCGGCGUCGGCGGCCCCGCGCUGGGCCUCGGCAUCGGCAUGGGGCUCGGCAUGGGCAUGGGCAUGGGUAUGGGCAUGGAGGAAGAUGUGGGAGAGCACGGAGAUGACAAUGACAAUGCCGGCAGCGCCGAUGGCGGCGAGGACGCGGUGGAGGGCGGCGGCGACGGCGGGCUGGGCGGUGUGGGGCUGGGCAUGAUGGGGGAGGCCGCGGACGAGGCCAUGGGCGAGCGGCGUGCGGAGGUGGGCGAGAACGACAACGAGGCGGAGCUGGAGGAGGAGGGCGACAACGACGGAGGCGGCGGCGCGCGCAUGAGCGUAGGCCCGGCGGCGGCGCUGCUGGGCAUGCUGGGCGGCGGCGGCGGCGGCGCCAGUACCGGCCACAUGGGCCCCGCCAGCAGCGACGGCAAGCACGGCUCUCCAGUCGACAAGGCGGCUAGCCACCACCCACCGGGGGUGCCACACGGCGGUGACCACCACGACAUCCGAUCGCCGCACCGCGCUCACGGCAGUGGCGCGGGCGGGGGCCACCACGCGCACGGCGGUGCCGCCGGCCACCACGGCCACAGCCUGGGGCACCAUGGCGCCGCGCCCGCCGCCAGCGGCGCCGCCGGCGCGGUCGUUACCGGUGGUCUUGGAGCCGCCGGCGCACUGGCGCUGCGCGCAAGCAACACGGGCGCGGUGGCGGGCCCGGGCGGCGGAGGCGGAGGCGCGACGUCUGCGCGGCUGAGUGGCGGCCUUGCCGCCGGUGGCCUAGCGCUGGCGGACCGCGGCAGCCCUGCGCCCAACCAGGCCCAGCUCCAGGCGGCCAAUAGCACCGCCAUCAGCCCCUUGCUCGACAGGCUGAUGGACGAUGCUCUGGCCGCGGCGCAGGGCAUGCCGGCGGGAGACGCGGCGGCGGCGGCCGGCGAGGACGGCAGCGGCGGCGCGGCGCAUGCGGCGGCGGCGGCGGCUCUGCUGCUACACCGCCGGCGGCUGCAGGCUGCCAACAGCACGGCGGUCAGCCCAAUGCUGCACGGCGCGGGCAUGGGGGGCGGCGGACCUGGGGCUGCGGGCGGCACCGGCGCCGCCGCCUCCAUCAGCGGCGAGCUUGGGCCGGGACGUGAUCGGGCUGGCGGCGCCGGCCCUGCCUUCAGCGCUUCCAAUGCCGACCGGCACCUCUCGGGAGAGAACAGCCCGGGCCCGGGGCAUGCCGACGUCUCCCGCGGCGGCGCGGCGGACGCAGGCGUCAGUCCGGAGGUGGAGGGCGCAGCCGGCGGUGCGCUGGCUCUGGACGCAGCCGGCGGCGCGGCCGCGGCUUCGGGUGGCGGCGCUGCGGUGCUACUCAUGCAGCAGCUUGUCGGCGGGGGCACCGGCACGGGCACGGCUGAUGGAACGGCGGGCACGGGAGGCGGGGGCCGCAAGUCCAGCAGCCAGGAGGCGGCUGGCAGCGCGCGGCGGCGGCCCUCGCCCGCAGAGGAGCUGCGACAGAGCCAGCAGCCGCAGGGGGCGCUGGCGCUGGCGGCUAGCCAGCAGGCCAACGUGGAGGGCGGCGACCUGCCGUUGCCUAUGGACGUCGACGCGGACGUAGAAGCUGACGCGGACGGGGGCGGCGCCGCCGGCGGCUCGGGUCAGGCGCAGCUGGCGGCAGCCGCACAGGUGGCUGGCGGCGGCGCAGCCGGCGGCGGUGGCGGCGGCGGACGUGCUCGGGCCCAGCCGCAGAGCUCGCGCAGCGGCGGGCCGGCGGUGGCGUCUGCGCAGUUUGGGCCGCCGCGCAGCCACGGCGCGCACCGAGGCCACGGGCCGCCACUGCUGCUGCGGCAGCAGCCGAGCCAACAGGCGCAGGCGGGGGCCGCAGGCGACCAGCCCCUGGACGACUCUCCGCCGCCUGCAGACAGCACGUUGGCUGGGCUCCGGGAGUCGUUGCCGCCGGCGCUUCAGGGCCAGCAGCACCACCACGGCUACGGGCACGCGGCGCAGGCGCGGCUCUCGCAGUCGCAAUCGCAAUCGCAGUUGCAGUCGCUGCCGCCUCCACAGCCCGACCAGCCGCAGUGCGCAGCUCUUCUCGGCGCGGCCGACGGCGCUUACGGCGGCCAUCGCCGCCACAACUCCGGCGCUGCCGGCGCGGCGACGGACGCUGCUGCGGCGCAGCUUGCGGCUCACCUGCAUGAAAACAACUUCACCACGCUCGCGGCGCUUGGCGCCGCCGCGCGGCACCCCGCCAGCGUGCUCACCACAGCCUCGCAGCCGCCGCACAGCGCCCACCACCAGCAGCUAGUCGACCAGCCGCAGCAGCACCACCCGCAGCAUCCGCACCCGCACCCGCACCCGCUGCUGGGCAACCGCGACCCGGCGCCGGCUCGCGAGUCAGCCAGCCGCCACGCCGUGACAAUGGGCGCCGCCGUCGCCGGCAGCGCCGGGCGCGGCGCGCAGGCGGAGGUUGUGGACGGCGGCGCAGCCGGCGGCGGCGUGGUGGACGGCGCGGCCCGUCCUGCGGAGGCGCAUGCCACGCACGCGGCCGGCCUCGCGGGCACUGUGGCCGGAGGCGGCGGGCACCUGCGGCUGCGGGCGCCACAGGAGGAUGCGGUUCCGCAGGUGACGGAGAUCCACGGGUCCUUUGCGGGCAUGGCCGCAACCGCGGCGGAGGCGAUGGCGCUGGCGCAGCAGCACCACGCCGACCGGCUCGUCGCCGCCGCCGCCGCCGCGGCGGUGGCUGCCGCGCAGGCCGCGACGGCGGCCGCGGCCGCAGCAGGGGCUGGCAAUGGCGCGGGCCCGGCGGCGGCCGUGGUGGAGGGGCAGGGCGCGUGGCCGGGCGUGGAUGAGGCAAACAUGGCGGCGCGCAGCGCCUCACCUGGCGGGCCGAGCUUGUCCGCCGUGAUGCCGCAGUUCACCGAGGUGCACGGCGCCUUCAAUCGCGUGGGCGGCACCGCGGCCGAGGCUCAGGCCGGUCUGCUGCGGGCGGUGGCCGCCGCGGCGGCCGCAGCAGGCGCCGCGGGCGCGGCGGAGGGCGGCGCCGGGGCCGCGGGUGGGGCCGGGGGCGGCCGCGUGGAGACGCCGCAGGUGGCGCAGGUGCUGGGAGGCGGCGGCGGCGGCGCGGGCGAUGAGGGCGGUGCGGGUGCGGUGGACCAAGGCGCGCCCAUGAGCGCGCACGUGCCGCCGCCGGCGCCCGCGCUGUCCACGGGCAUGCCAGGCCACGGUGCGGGCCACGGCGCCGGCCAUGGCGACCACCACCCCGCGGACGGGGGCGGCGCGGCUGGGGGGCUGCGGACGGGUGCUGGCAGUACAGCCAACAACGGGCUGGUGCCUGCACACCGGCUGGGUGCAGGGGCAGGCGGCACCGGCGCCGCCGGCAAGGGCGCCGCCGCAAACGACGGCAACGCAAAGGCGCAGUCGGCCCUGCAUCCGGUCCCCAUCAUCGUCGACUCGCCCGCACACCCCGGCGCCAACGCUGGCGGCCGCGGUGGCGGUGGCGGCGCCGCGGGGCACACCGUCACGCUGCGCUCGAACCGCGUGCGCGCGGGCAUGGCGGGCGCCGCCCACGCAGCUGCCUCUGGUGCUGGAGGCGCCGCGGGCGGUGGCGGCGCCGGCACGUCGGCGGCUGUGCAUCAUCGCGGCCCUGGCGGCGCCCUGCGAUCCAUCGGCGGCCACGGCAGCACCGGCGGCGGCCCCAGGCGCGGCGGCGGCGCGCCCCACGCGGCACAGCACCAGCAGCACCAGCUGCAGGAGAGCUCGGUUGUGGGGGCGGUGUCGCAGAGCGGCGAGGCGAACCCGCCGCCGCCGCGCGGGCUGCAGGCGGCGGCGGCGGGUAGCACCGGCGGCAUGAUGGAGGCGGACGUAGACGCGGGGCUGCAUGCUGUCGACGACACCAUUGGCGACGACGCGCCGCAAACCAGCCGCCUCGGCGAGACCGCAGGCGACGGCGGGCGGGAGGCGGGCAACGGCGCGGUCAGCGCCUCGCGGCAGCCUGGCGGCGGCGGCGCCGCCGCAGCACCGACCCGCUCCGGCGCCGCCAGCGCUGGCGGCGGCGGCUCCCCUGGCGCCGCGGACGCGGUGGACGGGUGGCGGCAGCACAGUGGUGGCGGCAUGGCGGACGGCCACGGCCCGCCGGCGGGCACGGCCGCUGCGCAGCAGCAGCAGGCGGCCCAGCAGCUGCAGCUGGCGCAGGUCCAGCACCAGCAGCACCAGCCGCAGGCCCAGUUGCCGCUGCUGCCCGGCAUCCUGGCCGAAGGCCAGUUCCCGCCGCACGCGCUGGCGGACGGCGUGGUAGCUGUUGGGGCCGGGGGCGGCGAUCACGGCGCUGGCGCAGCCGGCGCCGGGGCCGGUGGGCCGGGUGGCGGCCUGGCGCCUCAUGGCGGGCAGCACCACAUGCACGCCGCCAGCGCUCCGCUGUCCACACAGGCCGACGCAUACGGCGGCUAUGACGACGAUGACGCCGACUCGGACGGCGAGCGGCGGCGUGCCGAGGGCCCGCCGCAGCCGCAGAUGACCAUCCUGGUCACCUCGCACGCUGCCAACUCACACCACACCGUCAGCGGCGGCGCGGCGGUUGUGUCCGAAGCCGACAACGUCGGCGCCUUUGCGGGCAUCGAGGGCGAGGCCGAGGCGGCUGGAGGCAUCGGCGGUGGCGGCGGCAUCAUGCACGGUGGCGGCGGCGGCGGCAGCCCUGCGGUCGCGGCGUGGGAGGAGGAGUUUGACGGGCCGCACGCCUCCGGCGGCCUGGCACAGCAGGGCAGCUGGCGGGGCGACGCGGGAGGCGAUGGCGACGGCUGUGCAGGCGGCGAGCCGUUGGAGGGCGGCGGCGCUAUCGACGUCGCCGCGGUGGCGGGGCCGGCCAAGUCUGCGGUCAUGUCUUCGGGCCGUGUGGAUGACCAGGCGGCCGUGAACCAGGCGCCGCCGGGUGGCGCGGCAGGCAACGGGCCGUCGUCGCGCCGCCACCAGCACCAUCGUGAGGCCCGCGACCACCACGCCGCUGGACAGCAGCUGCAGCAGCGCAGUGGCGGCCAGGCGGCGGUGGAGCAGGUUGGAGAGGCAAUGGAUGUGGACCGGGAGCACACGAGCGAGCGCGAGGGCGGGAGCGGGCGCGCGGGCGCGCCCGGCCCGUCGUGCAGGGCCGCAGCCGCCAAAGCUACAGGAGCGGUGUCCGGGGCGUCGGCGCGCACGGCGGGUGGUGGCAGGGGCCAAGGCGGCGCCAGCGGUGUAGCUGCGCAGGCGGCUGCGGGCGGCGCUGGGGCCAGCCGGCGGGGCGGCUCGGCGCGGACGCGUGGUGAGAAGCGCAAGCGGCUACAGGCGGAGAUGGACGCGAGUGGCAGCGCGGGAGGCGGAGCAGGGGGCGGGGUGGAGGGCGGUGGCGGCGCUGGGGCAGGCAGUGGCGAGCAGCGGCAGGCGUCGGUGGCCACGGUGGGUGGCUAUUGAGCUGCAGCUGGCACGACCCGGCGUAAGGCAGCAGCCAGCCUUUUCGUUUGUAUCACUCCGCGAAUUGCUGAAUUGAAUCUUGUGGGGAAGGGGCCCGGUGGUGCCCGCGCCCCCGCGCCAGCACGCCUGACGCGCCGGUCGUGCAUUGCACUGCAUUGCCAAACACUUGGGCUACGGUUGUACUAUCCUAUAUAUAUGACCUGCCAUCUCGGCAGUAAUUUUGUGAAGGUCGGUCUGGCAAUGGUCUUUCGCCCGGCAGUGAGAUACGGACACUUUCAUAGCGCCAAGCCUACACCAAGCCUACACCAAGCCAGUGCCGCUGCGUGUAUCAAACGUGGGUGAGACUGUGUAUGGUCCGGGGCGGGGGUCGCCGCGGUCAUUGCUGCGCGUGAACCCCAUGCAUACCCGCAGCUAAAGUACCCGUUGCAUCGCACACGGUAUCACCCACAAGGCUGGCGCAGCCCAAGGCAUUCGAGGGUGCUGAACGGCUUUGUGCAGGGUGGUAGGCUGAGGCGGGAUGGGGCAGUAAACAUUGCAGCAAUCAAAUUUCAAGUACGGCGAGGAUGGAUGGGCAGAGACUGGCAGUUGGCGGUGGGUGCGUGUGCCAGAGGGAUGGGAGGGGGGGUGGGUUGGGGUUGUGCAAGCUCAACUGAAGGGCCGCCGCACCUGGAUUGUGGGUGGCUUCGGUCCGGUGACGGGGUCGGGAAGGGCCACCGCACGCUGAUGCUAGGCAGCAACAGAAAGCCGCUAAGCUUGCUGUCCUCAAAGGGUACGGUGGCUCCUGGGGCACCGAUGAACAUCUGGUGCCUGCAGAUCGGCUGGACUGACGGCGCGGUGGUGCGGGUGGGGUGUCCUGCUUACGUACCGGGAAGCGGCGUGGCCUCUGACGUACCGGGAAGCGGCGUGGCCUCUGGCCUUGCCGGCCUUGCACACAAACAUAAGAUACAAUGCGAUGGACCUCGGCCGGUGCGCCCAUGGGCGUGUAGGGAGCCAGAGACGGUGGUGAGCGUGCGGCGUUGUGCGUGUGGAUGUGUGCUCGUGCUUUGAAGGAGUGGAGCGCUAUGACGGGAAUGCGCACAAGUGCGCGAGCGUAUCGACAAACCGUGUAUGCGAAGUGCCGUUUGCGCGUCAAGCUGCCGAGAAACGCUGGCAGCUAUAUCCUGAGAUGGGUGCCCAAUAAAACGCUGUCAUGGAAGUGUCCAAGUUACGGAUCUCCCCACGAGCACAUCUGCUGGCGCAACGGCACAAUGUACUGAUACCAGUCCCUUGCGAAUGUGAGGUGGGGCAUCGUUGUCGUGUGUAGGGUGGGGGACACGAGUCUUACAGCAGCAUUUACAGGAUGUCGACGGGCGCCACGUGCGGCUGUUGGUGUGAAGUUCUUGCUGAUGUGAUGCCAAUGCCUGAGUGCUCAGGCAAGAUAGGAUAGAACGGCAGAGUUGCGGGCGGGGCUGCUGGAGGUGAUGGAUGGUAAGUGCCAUUACUCCCUGCGGGAACACGCUUUUGGCGAACAAGCAACGAUGCGAUCUCCAACAUGGUUUGUGUUUGUGUGCGCGCGGAGUGCCGUGCGGCGCAGCCUGACCUGGUGCUGCGCGCACUCAAUAACUGGAGUGCAAGGCACACGCCGCAAAGAGGAUAGAUGGGCUGCUGUGUGGGGACAGUCAGUUUCGUUGGUUGUACUCGCGACACGCUGCAUUUGGAGAAUCCAAGGCUGGACAGGGGCGCCAUGGGGCCAUCGUUGCCUCCGAGCAUUCAAAGAAUUGAUUAGAUGGGUCAAUUGCGCUGGAGUGCAAUACCAAGUGCAAUAGGUGGUUAAGGCUGCACGGCAAGUACCUCAUGAGACCGCUGUUGGGAACCUACCUGCAUGUAUCGUAUGCAUUUGUGCGCACGACGCGCGAGCAUUGUCUAACGGCGGGGACACGACCAUGAUGAACUGAGAGGCGUCAAUGACACAUCC